AUGCGGCGUGACGCCAUUCAAUAUCGCCUACAAGAAGCCCUGAACACCAUGGUGUUAUACCUGGCCGAUAGGGGACUACGUGUCUCCCCGAGCAAGACAGUCGGUAUGGCGUUUACCGGGCGGUCAUUCGCCCGCUACCCUCUUCCUGUCUCUGGAACCCCUCUCCAAUUCGUGCCGCACUGCAAAUAUCUCGGUGUAAUCAUUGACAAACGCCUGUCAUGGUCCCACCACAUCAAGGCAGUCUCGGCCAAGACGUCCAACUUUGCGAACGUCCUGCGACGGGUCUCUGGACUGUCGUGGGGUCCGUCUUGUGGCGACCUGCGCCAAGUACACCACUCCCUCGUGUUAGGCCUGCUGCGCUACAGCCUCCUGGUGUUGCAGGGCCUGAGUAGGACUGGCGAGCGUGAGCUCCUCAAUAUUCAGGCCCGCAGCCUUCGAGUGUGUCUGGGCUUGCCUAAGACGACCGAAACAUACUCAGUCCUUGCGGAGGCACGUGAACCACCUGCAAACAUUCUGCGUGACAGGGAGACCCUUCCAGUCUACACGCGGAUCCUAACGCGGCACCCCUUCCACUAUCUCCGACUCAUAGGAAGUGACUACCCCGACUCUGCCUUUGGUGGCGCUGUCGACUGCCUGCGGGUGGUUGUGCCCCAGCCCUCUUGUACCGUGUCCUUUGCCCCUCCUUUGUGGGCCCUCGACCGGCCCUUCGUGUGCUCCACUAUCCCCGGCCUUGGGCGAAAGAAUGACACGCCUUCCGUUGUCGCACGUCAGCUUGUCCUGGAGCACCUCUCCACGCUACAUAACCAGCGGCUAGCUGUUUACACCGACGAGUCGGUCGUACCUGACAGAGCGAACCUGAACAGAGCGAACCUCUCGCCACAGGGAAACUGGUCCAUCUUUACGGAUAGUAAGGCAGCGUUUGAGGUCAUCAGCUCACACGGAUCCCAGACGAUCAACGACCUCCACGCAAUGACUAUCUCGUCAUACAACUCCGUUCUCGCCUCCGGUCAUACCGUCUGGCUCCAGUGGGUUCCCAGCCACAUAGGCCUCCCUGGGAAUACUUGUGCCGACGUUGCUGCAAGGCGCGCGCAUAGCUGUGGCAGCCCCAUCGCAAACCUACCGCUCACGGCAUCAGCUUGCCUCCUUCAAAUCCGUCGAUGGUCUGCCUCUGAAACCCGCCACUUCAUUGCAGACGCUAUUCCAUGUAACACCUUUCUUCAAGCCAUCGACCCCGCGAUGCAACUUUACCUCACCCAACACCUCACCAGGGCCGAGGAAACCCUCCUUCAUCGCCUUCGCCUUAACGUCGCCUACACUCCGUCACUCCUGCACAAGAUGGGCAGACGCGGCAACGCAAACUGCGAUGCCUGCGGCGCCAUCGCUGACGUAGCCCAGCUCCUGCUAACGUGCCCGACGUUCUCGGCGCCCCGUGCCGCCCUCGCCCGAUGCCUCCAAGGCGACGCCUCCGACGGCCACCCCCUCUCGCUCGCUACACUCCUCGGGCCUGUCCCGCGCCCUGGGCAACGGGAUGUUACCAAGGCACUCUUCGAGUACCUCAAGGCCACCGAAAUGAUGACCACCCUCUGA